AUGUCGGUUCUCGGAAUUGACAUCGGUAAUCUUAACUGCUACAUUGGCGUCGCCCGUCAAGGAGGCAUUGAGGUCAUUACCAAUGACUAUUCCCUUCAUGCCACUCCGUAAGUUCGCAUUUCACUCGGAUCUUUUAAAAGUGUUAUGAAUUUCCAGAGCAUGCGUGUCUUUUGGAGAAAAAGAGCGCUCGAUGGGAGUUGCGGCGCGCCAAGCAGUCAACACGAACAUCAAGAACACGAUUAUCAACUUCAAACACCUGAUUGGCCGCAAAUACAGCGACCCGAUCGCUCAAAAGUUCAUCCCAUUUAUCCCGUGCAAAGUUGUCCAGUUGCCCAAUGACGACAUCGGACUUGAAGUGAACUAUCUCAAGAAGCCGCACACUUUCACUCCCGAGCAGGUUUUCGCCGCUCUUCUCACGAAGCUCCGCGAAAUCGUCGAAGCGCAACUGACGGACGUGAAGAAGGUGUCGGACUGUGUGCUCGCCGUGCCCUCCUACUUCACCGACGUUCAACGCCGCGCCGUUCUCGCAGCCAUCCACUCGGCUGGCCUCAAUUCGCUGAGAAUUCUCAACGAGACUACCGCCAUCGCGCUGGCCUAUGGAAUUUACAAGCAAGACUUGCCCGGCGAGGAGGAGAAGCCGAAGAAUGUGGUGUUUUUGGAUUUGGGGCACUCUUCCACCCAGGCGUCGCUCGUUUCUUUCAACAAAGGAAAAUUGACGAUGGUGAACACCGCGUUCGAUUUGGACGUCGGAGGUCUCUGGUUCGACGCCCUCAUCCGAGAGCACUUUAGAAAAGAGUUUAAGACCAAAUACGGUAGGUUUUUUGCUACUUGUGAGCAUUAUUUUAAUAUUUUUUGCAGGAAUCGAUGCGGCCACGCAGCCACGUCCAUGGCUUCGUCUUCUCGACGAAUGCGAGCGUGUGAAGAAGCAGAUGUCUGCGAAUCAGACUCCGAUCCCACUGAACAUCGAAUGCUUCAUGGACGACAAGGAUGUGACUGGAAAGAUGCAAAGGCAAGAGUUCGAGGAGCUCGCUGCGCCGAUCUUCGCCAGAAUCAAGCAACUUCUCGUCAAAUUGUUCUCGGACGGCGUCACCAUCAAACCGGAAGACGUCGACGAGAUCGAGAUUGUUGGCGGAUCGUCGCGCAUUCCGAUGAUCCGCCAGAUUGUCCGUGAUCUGUUCGGAAAAGAGCCGAAGACGACGAUGAACCAGGACGAGGCGGUUGCGCGAGGAGCAGCGAUGCAGUGCGCGAUUCUCUCGCCGACGUUCCGCGUUCGCGAGUUUGCCAUCAAGGAUUCGCAGCCGUACUGUAUCCGUCUCAGCUGGAAUGGUCCUGGAGACAACGGAGGGUAAGUCCACCUGAUUUUCAUCUCAAUUGCAUCUUAAACUUGAGCAUUUUGCAGUGAGAACGACGUUUUUGCUCCUCGCGACGAAGUUCCCUUCUCGAAGCUCGUUUCGCUGCUCCGAAGCGGUCCUUUCCAAGUGGACGCCCAUUACGCUCAACCGAACACGGUCCCCCACAAUCAAGUGCACAUCGGCUCGUGGAAGGUGAACGGCGCCCGCCCGGGAGCUGACGGAGCUAAUCAGAAGGUGAAGGUGAAGGUUCGUGUCAAUCCUGACGGAGUGUUCACAAUUGCCUCGGCCACAAUGUACGAGCCCAAAGAGGUUGUGGAGCCGGCUCCCGAGCCGAUGGAGGUGGAUGGAUCCGCCGCGAGCCCGGAUGCCCCGCCCGCGGAGCCGGUCAAGAAAACCAAGCUCGUUCCGGUCGAACUGCAAGUGAUCGAAUCGAUUCCGGUCACCUACGACGUUCAAAAGUUCCAAAAAAUCGAGCAGGAGAUGCAGGCGACCGAUCUGAGAGAAAAGAGCAAGGCGGACGCGAAGAACACGCUGGAGGAGUACGUAUACGAGAUGCGCGACAAGAUUUCCGAUCAGUACGCGGAGUUCAUCACCGCCGCUGCCGCCGACGACUUCCGUGCGCUGCUCACCGCCACUGAAGACUGGCUCUACGACGAGGGAGAGGACGCGGAGAAGAAUGUAUACGAAGCACGACUCGCCGAGCUCAAAACCGUCGGAACGCCGGUGGUGGAGAGAUUCCGCGAGUUCGAGACGCGUCGUCCGGCAUUCGACGCUUUCGAUCAGGUGAUUCUGCGAGUGCGCCGCGCCUACGAGGACUACUCAGGUAAUUUGCAGCAACCGCCGAUUUUUACGCCAACCGCCGAUUUUUGCAGCAACCUCCCGUAAAUUACCUGAUGACAUGGAGAAGGUAAGGAAUGCGAUCGAGGAGAAGAAAAAGUGGCUGGACGACGCGCGUCACAAGCAGGAGACACGCUCCAAGACCGAGCCGCCUGUCGUUUUCACCGAGGAGAUCAAUCAGCAGAAGAAUGUAAACGAUUCACCGUUCAAUUUUAGAAGAAAUUUCAUAUUUUCAGGCCUUCGAGAACAUUGUGAACCCUGUGCUGAACAAGAAUAAGCCGACAGCGGCAGCUCCGCCAAAGAAGGAAGAAGCACAAUCUGGGGCCGGAGAUCAGCCACAAGCCCCGCAGCCAGGAGAGAUGGAUGUCGAUUAG